AUGUCCACUUCAGCGUCCCAGUGGGGUUCACCUACCGCUUCUAGGCGGGCUCUUCUCAUUCAUGGCAUGACCAUGUCCUCGCAUUCAUGGGAGGGCGUCGCCCAACUAUUGGCAGCAGAAGGAUUUUUCGUCAUUGCUCCAAACCUCCUUGGGCAUGCAUGGAGGCAGUGCGCGGACUAUCGCGUGUCCGCCUUUGCAGAGGAUCUCCGACCGUAUUUCUCCAUGAACACGUCCUACGACGUGAUUAUAGGACAUUCUCUUGGAGGCGCUGUGACCCUAUCGCUCUUGCCAUUUUUGCCCAAAACAAAAGAAACUACCAUCAUACUCCUCGACCCCAUUCUCGAGCUUACGAAGGAGAAUGUCAAAUUUAAGACAACAUUGGUUAUAAACGAGACGGCCAAGAUUAGAACUGCCGAAGAGCACAUGGUUGACAAUCCCGCUUGGUCACGACGUGACUGCAUAUUAAGAGCGCUUGGAGUCUCCAUGUGUGAUCGCGCUGUUGUCGAGAUGUUUCGGCAAAACACCCCAUGGUCUUUCAGUGGGCUGCUCAAGAGCAUCCCCACUAACGUCAGGAUCACCGUACUGGUAUCCGAUCCGAAGCUCAGCGAUAAUUGUUAUUUGGAACAUAUCCCUUGUGACGUAGAGAGAUUGGAUGCCAAAGUUCUUACCGGCAUUGGUCACUGGAUUCAAAACGAGUGCCCGGAUGCCAUCAUGGAUGUGAUUCCUCUACCACGAGCAAAACUGUGA